ACCGCCCGCCGAGACGCCCCGGGCCCCGCCGCGCCCCCGAGCGCCGACGACCCCCGAAGGGCGAGGGCGGCCGCCCGAGCAGGUACCAUGUUUCGCAAGAAGAAGAAGAAACGCCCGGAGAUCUCAGCCCCACAGAACUUCCAGCACCGGGUCCACACCUCCUUUGACCCCAAAGAGGGCAAGUUUGUGGGCCUCCCGCCACAAUGGCAGAACAUUCUGGACACUCUGCGGCGGCCGAAGCCCGUGGUGGACCCCUCGCGCAUUACGCGGGUACAGCUGCAGCCCAUGAAGACGGUGGUGCGGGGCAGCUCCGUGCCCGUGGACGGCUACAUCUCAGGGCUGCUCAGCGACAUCCGGAAGCUGUCGGUCACCAGCUCCAACACCCUGCGCGGCCGCAGCCCCGCCAGCCGGCGCCGGGCGCGCUCCCUGGGGCUGCUGGGCGAGGAGCGCUGGGCGGCCGACCCGGACAUGUACCUCCAGAGCCCGCGGCCGGGGCGCGGCCACCCCCACGGCCUCUACCUCAGCUGCAACGGGGGCGCCCCGCCGCCGCCCCGGCCCGAGCCCCGGAGCCCCCGGGCCCCGCCCAACGGGCUGGCCGCCGAGGCGCCGGCCCCGGGCCCCGCCGAGCUCCAGGCUUCUCCCCCGGCCGCCCGGCCCGGCCCCGAGGACGCCCGGCCGCGGUCCUGCCUGCUGGGCCCGGGCGGGGAGGGCAGCCCCAGCCCCAGGGCCCGGGACGGCGGCCUCACGCACAGGCUGUUCCGGAGCAUGUUCCCGUCGGCUCCCGCGGCCGGCGGCAAGCCAGCGCCCCCGCCGCCCAGCAAGCCCACCUCUGCUUUCCGGCCGCCCCAGAAAGACUCUCCGCCCAGCACGGCGGCCAAGGCCCAGUCCUUGCCCUCUGACCCGCCCGCGGGCCCCUUCAGCCCCCCGAGCGCCUCGGACACCAGCAGCAGCCCCCAGAAGCCCCCCCGCGCAGCCCCGGCGGCCGGCCGCCUCCCCGGCCGCUCCUCCCCGGCCGGCUCCCCCCGCACCCGGCACGUCCAGAUCAGCACCAGCAACCUGUACCUGCCCCAGGACCCCGCGGCGGCCCAGGGCGGCCCGGCCGGGGAGGAGCCCGGCGUGGUGACGCACGAGCAGUUCAAGGCCGCGCUCCGGAUGGUGGUGGACCAGGGCGACCCCCGGCUGCUGCUGGACAGCUACGUGAAGAUCGGGGAGGGCUCCACGGGCAUCGUGUGCCUGGCCCGGGAGACGCACUCGGGCCGCCAGGUGGCCGUGAAGAUGAUGGACCUCCGCAAGCAGCAGCGCAGGGAGCUGCUCUUUAACGAGGUGGUGAUCAUGCGCGACUACCAGCACCUCAACGUGGUGGAGAUGUACAAGAGCUACCUGGUGGGGGAGGAGCUGUGGGUGCUGAUGGAGUUCCUGCAGGGCGGGGCCCUCACCGACAUCAUCUCCCAAGUCAGGCUGAACGAGGAGCAGAUAGCCACGGUGUGCGAGGCGGUGCUGCAGGCCCUGGCUUACCUGCACGCCCAGGGCGUCAUCCACCGGGACAUCAAGAGUGACUCCAUUCUGCUGACCCUGGACGGCAGGGUGAAGCUCUCAGACUUCGGGUUCUGUGCGCAGAUCAGCAAGGACGUCCCCAAGAGGAAGUCCCUGGUGGGGACGCCGUACUGGAUGGCCCCGGAAGUGAUCUCCAGGUCUCUGUACGCCACUGAGGUGGACAUCUGGUCCCUGGGCAUCAUGGUGAUCGAGAUGGUGGACGGAGAGCCCCCCUACUUCAGCGACUCCCCGGUGCAAGCCAUGAAGAGGCUCCGGGACAGCCCCCCGCCCAAGCUGAAAAGCUCCCAUAAGGUCUCCCCGGUGCUGCGGGACUUCCUGGAGCGGAUGCUGGUGCGGGACCCCCAGGAGCGAGCCACGGCCCAGGAGCUGCUGGACCACCCCUUCCUGCUGCAGACGGGGCUGCCCGAGUGCCUGGUGCCCCUGAUCCAGCUCUACCGCAAGCAGACCUCCACCUGCUGAGCCCCCGGAGCCCCCCACUCCCGCCCCCCCCCCCCCCGGGCGGGCAGCCCGCCGGCAGGACCGCCUGUCCCGGCCUCUCAGUAUUCUCUCCAAAGAUGGGAUGUGAACCCCCACCCCUGCCCUCUUCCCCUUGGGACAGGCCGGACCUGCGCCCACGGCCUCUCCCCUACCCCGUCCCGGC